AAACUUUUUUUUCCUUGUAAUUUUUUUAGUGUUUGUAAGACACCAUAGCACUGAAUUGUCAACAUUCGACAUGUCGUCUGACAACAAACGUGAAUCAGAGGAAACCCCAAUGGAGCAGACAGCAGAUGAUUCAAGCUCCAAGACUUCUCAAGACACCCCUGGAGGUAACGCCGAGACACUCAAAUGUCAGACUUCGUCAUCAGAAAGCAAGGAAUCAGGGAAGGAAUCAGGGAUGGAAUCAGAGAUGGAAGCAACCAGCAUGGAGCAGGAAGCUCAAUGUGAAAGUAGAACUGAGAAUAACUCAUCAGCAGCAGCUAGCACAGACAAUAGGAUGGAAGAGGAAAGUAAAGACUCAUCAGCGGCGGCGAGUAGUAAUGGUAGUGUUGUAGGAGCAGGAGGUGGAUCAACGGUGGCCAGCGGUGCUGCAGCUAGUGCAGUAGACAAAGGUGAAAUGGUAGAAUUGAAGAUCAUGUAUAACAAGAAGAAAUAUGAUGUGAGGGUCGGUGUGGAAUCGACCGUAGCAGAGCUCAAGACAGAAAUUCAGACAACAACAGGCGUUCCACCUGCUAUGCAGAAAUUAAUGUUCAAAGGUCUGAUGAAAGAUGAGAAGACACUGAAGGAAUUGAAGGUUACCAGUGGAUCUAAACUCAUGCUGAUUGGAUCUACAGCUAAAGCUGUGAUGGAGGUCACAAAGCCUGUACCUGCUGGUGGAAUAGUCGAGAAAGAUGAGAAAGCAAGUGCCGCCAAGGAGCCCCUAAGUAAACUGAAGAUGCAUAAAAAGAUCAUUGAUAAAGGCAAACCAGAUGAUGCUAUGAUUGGCAUCAAGAACCAACAUGAACCGCUUCCAAAUGUUCCAAUAUCUGGCAUGCUGAACAAAGCUGGAGGAAAGGUUCGACUCACUUUCAAAUUAGAAUUGGAUCAAGUGUGGAUCGGUACAAAAGAGAGAACAGAAAAGAUCAACAUGAAUUCCAUCAAGAAUGUUCUCAGUGAACCCAUUGAGGGGCAUGAAGACUAUCACAUCCUGGCCAUCCAGCUUGGUCCAACGGAAGCUUCCAGGUAUUGGAUCUACUGGGUUCCUGCACAAUAUGCAAAGGGAAUUAAAGACACGGUUCUAGGAAAAUGGGUGUACUUUUGAUCAAACCUGUAAUAUCAUCAACUCUACAUGAUUAUGAAAGUGAAGAGAAUUCCAUCCUGAACUUUUUACACCGAUGGACAAAGGAAGGAUUGCGAUGUCUGAUGAUAAUCUUGAAUCAAACAUUUGUGCAAGGCUUCCAUGUUGCUCCUAUUGCUGAGAUGAAUGAAGCUGUAGAUGCCUGAAUUCAGCAGCUGCCUGUUCUUCAUAGACUGUACAAAAAUAAUCAGAAAAGCAUGUAAUGUAGCUAAACCAGUCAUUAUCUGUCACAAAAGUGUAACGGUACAUACAUGUUAUGGGCUUGCAAUAAGAAGUUUACAUGCUGAGUGACUUAAGUGUAUUUAGUCCAUGGACUGUGUCAAUGUUUGACCCAUUUUGCUAAGGUCUCACAAAUGAUAGGUGUUGACCCAAUCCCAACUAUCUGAUAACACUAAUAGCUAUUAACCUGCAUAAUCCUACAACCAAAGUUAUGUACAGGAUGCAUAGGAACAUAGGUAUUGAAUAGGACUGGUGUUGUUUUUACUUAAUUCAUUCUUGCAUUUCUAUUUUUUUAGGGGGGCAGUAUUUUGUGAACACACAUAUUGGAUUAAAUUCCCAAAUUACACACAAAUGUCCUGUAUUUAGAUAGAAAGGGAUGAGGGGUACUAGUGUCAUUGUCAAGUAUAUUAAAUAACCAGCUCCAUUAAAGCAUCCAUCUCUCCUGAACUAAAUCCUUGUCAUUUGUCACUCUUUAAAGAAGGUACCGGUAAUCUAAGAAUUAAAAGGGAAAUGCCUACCUUAGGUGGUCUCAAAUCUCAAUAUUUUUUUUUUUUAAUAUAUAAAUCUAAUUCAAGCACUUUGAAAUAAAUAUUUCUUUGUGAUGAUAAAAACUGUCCAAAAGCUUGUGUGCAUGUAUGAAAUGAGCAAUUUGCAUGUCAGUUUCAACCCUCAUCUACUUAACAAUAUACAUUGUAUGGGAACCUUCUGAAAAUGGAAUGUUAUACCAAUCAUUUUUUAUAUGCUCAAAGAUGUUACAAAAGCAUGCCUUAUAUCUCAACAACUUACAGCAGUUUGUACUUGUCAUCACUUAGGUAACCAGAUGUGAAGGGCUUUGAAAUGGUUAACAAUGGACAAAGCAAUCUCAUGUAUUGUUCUUAUCUAGGAUGAAAAGUGCCCACUUGGCCAUGGAGGGAGUAUAACUCUAUGGCAAUAAGAAUGUAUGGAUCAUAGCAUUGUUAAGGGCUAGUUAAGCAUAGAGACUUGGAGAGAAAAGAAUGCAUUGAAGGAUCUCUAAUCCCAGUAAACAAUGAUUGAAAGGAAGAUGAAAUCUAUUAAUCCCAGGAGGUAAAAGAGUGGUUAUUCUGGAGAGAAAACAAUGCUGUGAAUAGAGGGAUCUAUAAUCUGAUGAUAUAAAGUGACUAGUUUAAUGAUCAAGAAGUAUCCUAAGAGAAAACAUUGUAUUGAUGAGAAGAAUCUCUAAUCUGGGUGUGUAAAAUGGUUAAGAUUAGUUCUUUAAGAUGUAUCUGGAGUAAAGAUUGCUUUAAAAAGGAGAAUCUGUAAUCCCAGGAUGUUGAAGGACUGAUUUAUCAUAUUUUAAAUCCUGGAGAGAAAAACUACAAUGAAAAAGAUCUCA